CAGAGGCAAACGGAAACAAAACAUCAGAGCCAGCACAGCCUGAGCGAGACCUGAAACUCAGACUCCUCGUCCGGGGGGCAAGUUUCCUGCUGUGGUGUGGAAUAUAGGUGGCAGAUAAAAAAAAAAAAAAAUGACAGCCAGACUUCUAAGAACAGCCCUUCCUUUGCUCUUCUUCGCCCUCUUUGGGGUCCUGGAGGCGACAACAAUAUCGUGCAGAAAUGAAGAAGGCAAAGCCGUGGAUUGGUUUGCCUUUUAUAAGUUACCUAAAAGGCAAGACAAGGAAAGCAGACAGACGGGGCUAGAGUACCUAUACCUAGACUCUACAACCAGGAGCUGGAGGAGGAGUAAGCAACUAAUGAAUACCACCAACAGUGUGUUGGGAAGGACAUUACAACAGCUUUAUGAAGCAUAUGCCUCCGAGAAUAACAACACAGCCUAUCUAAUAUACAAUGAUGGAGUCCCUACAUCUGUGAAUUACAGCAGAAAGUAUGGACACACUAAAGGUUUACUGCUGUGGAACCGAGUGCAGGGAUUUUGGCUGAUUCAUUCUAUUCCCAGAUUUCCUCCAGCUCCUGAAGAAGGCUAUGAUUAUCCACCCACAGGGAGGAGACAUGGACAAUCUGGCAUCUGCAUAACUUUUAAGUACAACCAGUAUGAAGCAAUAGAUUCUCAGCUCUUGGUCUGUAACCCAAACAUUUAUAGCUGUUCCAUCCCAGCCAUCUUUCACCAGGAGCUCGUUCAUAUGGCCCAGCUGUGCUCCAGAUCCAGCUCAUCAGAGAUCCCUGACCGGCACCUCACUGCACUUCAGUCAGCCCGGGGCCAAAAAUUCCUCCAUUUUGCAAAGUCUGGUUCUUUUCUUGACGACAUCUUUGCAGCCUGGAUGGCUCAACGGUUGAAGACGCAUUUGCUAACAGAAACCUGGCAGCGAAAGAGACAAGAGCUUCCUUCAAACUGCUCCCUUCCUUACCAUGUCUACAAUGUCAAAGCAAUUAAGAUAUCUGGACACUCUUAUUUCAGUUCUUACCAGGAUCAUGCCAAAUGGUGUGUUUCCCAAAAGAGGACCAAAAAUCGCUGGACCUGCAUUGGAGACCUAAAUCGGAGCCCAUACCAAGCCUUCAGAAAUGGAGGAUUCAUUUGUACCCAGAAUCAGCAUAUUUACCAUGCAUUUCAAGGAUUGGUUUUGUAUUAUGAGAACUGUAACUAAACUUGGUGAAAGGACAUAUGUACCAUUAUUUUCAGCACUGACAAUGGGUCUUCUUCCAUUAGAUCCAUUCUUUAUAUACUAAAAGCCUGUGAGUAUACUUACAGUCACAAAUCAUCAAAUAAAAUG